GCACCUCCCAACUUGUAGCCUAGCCUAGACAUCCAAUGCCGCAAUAGUCUCAGUCAAUCAAUUCCAGCUGAGAUCCAUUCUUGGCAUCGAGUGCAGUUAUGGAUGUGCUUGCACAACGCACACAAGAUUAUAUCUCCUGCAUCUUUCAUUACUAGCUGUCUCUCCACCCCCUUCUUUUUUCUUACCUACAUGCACUCUCUCAGUCGAGGAUAGGAGCAAUUCCCAUCGUUAUCUCUGGACGAGUUCACGUCGUACCACUCAGCUGUGAUUGAUGGAUAUCGUACCUAUUUUUGCCUACCUUAGGUACCUUGCCAUGUAUUAAUUGUCUUUGUCAACCAACAACCUUCCUCUCGUUUAUCUGAAUCCUUUCUGCAGCAGCGAAUACCGUCCUCUGCGAGACCCGACGCCUCGGUGUAUUGCAUUGCAUUUUCUCAUCACUCGCUCUAAACGACCUUUAUUUUCUUAGAUCAUACAGCAUCCAUCUGCCGUUCGAUUGUUUUUCUUUUAUUUUCUUUUUUUCCUCGAACUGACCCCCUUAUUCCCACCAAUUGCGACGCUAUCGCUAUUUCUUACAGUGGGUGCGCUCGGUCUGGACUCAACCGUCUUGUUCGCGUUGAUUGGCUCGCCCAAAGUCUUCCUGGUUAUCUCUGCGCCCAGCCAAACGUCGGCCCACUACCUCCCCAGUUGAUCGCAGCAGCGUGACGUGAGACACGUCCCUGCCACAAAGUCCCUUUCUUACCAAGAAAUCUCAGGGAAAUACCUAAACAAAAGACUGGGUGUAUUGAUCUUGGCGUUGUCUUGUCUGGCUGCUCUUUCACUGCACUGCGCCAGCGAGCCGCAGCGAGCGAUUGGCAUUGGAACCAGGGAGGCACAAACAAGAUUUGAAGACUAGCAGACCCGGCACUGCUUCGUCUAGUCUGGUCUAAUUUCAAGCCAAGAGUAAUUAGCCCGCAACCCGCCCGGUCGACUACCAAUACAUCGAUUCAUCGAAACCUUUUUUCGCAUAUCGCCGCCAGCUGCGCAGUCAACAAACAUAUCGCAACAUCCCUCGCCUAUACGACUCAGUUUCUUCUCCAGCAUCGAUACAGAAUUAUACGGGCAGCGAUUUUAAUCGACCUGGUCCCGCAGGGACCUCACUUGUCCAAUGGGUAAAAAGUGGCGAUAUGGUGUCAUUCUCGACGCCGGCUCCUCGGGCACGCGACUGCACAUUUACAGGUGGCAAGAUCCAGGAAAGGCAAGGAAACAUGCUACGAAAGAAGCCCUGCAGAGCCUUCCGCAACUCGAGACCAAAGACAAGUGGACCAAGAAGACGAGACCUGGCAUUUCCACCUUUGGUACCAGCCCCAACGAUGUCGGACCCGACCACCUGCAAGACUUGAUCGACCACGCAUUGAAGUAUGUGCCCAAGAAGAAGCAGCAGGACACACCAGUGUUUCUGAUGGCCACUGCCGGCAUGCGACUUUUACCCGAGAUGCAGCAAAAAGCUCUUUUGAAAGAGACGUGUACAUAUCUUAGGCAGAACACGGAAUUCGCCCUUCCCGAUUGCGACCUACACAUCCAGGUGAUUCCUGGAGAAACAGAGGGAUUGUACGGCUGGGUGGCAUCCAACUACUUACUGGGCGGCUUCGAUAACCCUCAGAAUCACCACCAUGGCAAGGGACACCAUACUUACGGCUUCCUGGAUAUGGGCGGCGCCUCUGCUCAGAUCGCCUUUGCCCCGAACUCGACCGAAGCCGAAAAACAUGCGAAUGACCUCAAGCGACUGCGACUGCGGACUUUGGAUGGCCAGGCGUCGGAAUUCAAGGUUUUCACGGCGACGUGGCUGGGAUUCGGCGUCAACCAGGCCAGACAGUCAUAUGUCAAGGGAUUAUUAGAAGGAGCAAGCGUUGACGCUUCUGAGAUUCCGGACCCGUGCAUGCCGAAAGGUCUCCGAACAACUCCCACAGGCGAGGUCAUCGAAGAUGCAGCUGGAAACAAAAACCGCACCCUCAUCGGCACAGGCAUGUUCAAGGAAUGCCAGCUCAAAACACACCCGCUGCUCGGCAAGGAUGCACCUUGCAACGAUCACCCGUGUCUUUUGAACGGUCAACACGUUCCAGCGAUCGAUUUCGAGGUCAACCAUUUCGUCGGUGUAUCAGAAUACUGGCACACCACCCAUGGUGUAUUUGGCAAAGGCGACAAGGCCUACGAUUUUGCAACAUACCAAAAGAGGGUUCAGGACUACUGCACUCAAGACUGGGAUGCCAUUGAAUCCCAGCUGGAGCCCCGGAAGAAGCACAGUGCAAAGAACGCACAGGAGGCAUGUUUCAAGGCGGCCUGGUUAAUGAAUGUCCUCCACGAGGGCAUUGGCAUUCCGAGGGUGGGAUUGGAACACACCCCUAAAGUCAACGUCUCGAAGGGAGCUCUAGAGAACGCCAAGGAUAAGGGAUUCAUUGAUCCGUUCAAGGCGGUUGAUGAGAUUGAUGGCGUUGAGGUCAGCUGGACUUUGGGCAAAAUGUUGUUAUAUGCUGCCGGCCAGGUCCCUCCGCCCGAGGCAAUGCAGGCCAAAGCUCUCCCUGUCGGCUUUGGAAGCAAUGUCGACGGAGUGCCACCAGACUUUAACUUUGCAGGCUCAAGCUGGUCUCCGAUCCAGCAAGAAGACGAUGAUCAUGAUGACGAUUGGAGCGAUGACAUUGUCGACAAGGUCAAAUCCUCCAAAUCGACCUCUGGUUUCCUCAUAUUCGUCCUGAUUCUCUUCAUACUCGGCUACUUUUUGCGGAAAAGGGAACGGAGGAUGCGACUCUUCUCCAAGGUCAACAGCAUGUUCCGGCGCUCGCGCAAGCCUGGCAGCCCUAGAAAAGCCUCGCGCGGUCUGGCGGGCCUCAGAAACAAGCUAUUUUGGCGGACUUCCUCUACCAGUUACGAGAGGAUAUUGGAAGAUGGUGACGCCGAGCAAUUCGCCCUUGGGGAUAUCGACUCUGAUGUUAGCGAUGGGUCAGACAGCUCUGAUGGCGGUUCCUCGUCCUCUCGUCGUAUUUUGGCAACCGGUGGCGGUCGAUCAUCAGGCCUUGCCACUCCUAAGUUGAAUGUUGAGAUGUUUGACGACAACAACCGAUCAGUCUCUGCCAUUGAUAGAAGUGGCUUGGUUGUUCGCACAGAGAGCCGUGAGAGGCUUGUGCCAAAUCUUCAGAUGUCUAAUGCCGGCCGACGAAGUCGAGCUGGCAGUCCGACAAGGAUGAAGAGCCCCUUGGUCUCUACAUUCCAGGAUGACUGAUAGCUUCAUGUUAAAUUUUCUUAUUUCCUAUAUCAAUUUCACUUUUAAACACCCCAUCGGACUGGACCUAUUUUUUUUUGCAAGAAAAACGACAACUUUUGCAUUCUCUUCAGCAAGCAUCAAGCAAGCGCAAGCACACCGACAUCACUACCUUGCUGGACUUGUUUUGUGUUAACGGCUGUGACUACUUUGAAAUUACUCUUUUAGUUCCGAUUACCCCGGGAGGUUUUGGUGUGUAAAAAGUGGGAACUCAGUCGGGAAGACUGGCGUUUGUGGAGUAAUCUUUUUAUUUUUAUUUUUUGCUUGAUGUGCUUGUGUGGCAUUACGAUCCAACAUCACGAGAGUUUUGUUCAUUGUACGGAAUUUAGCUGCUGCGCUUGUCUGACUAACUAUAGCAUUAGACCCAGAAGCAUUGUAAAAAGAUAUCAGCUCCUUUUCUGUCCAGAUCGAGCCGGUGUUUGAAAGCGCAUAUCAUUAUUGUGGUUAGGCCAUACCUUAG